AUGACCAACAUCAACAUAAUCGACAAAGAAGAAGACACAUCCGAAGAGGAAGAAACUGAAAACGGCAGGGAUGUAAAAAAUUACCUCGUCGUCCACAGUUUUUUGAGAAAAAUUAAAAACAAAACUAGAACCGCCAUCAAUUUUGUUAUUAGAGCCCAUGAACAAGAAUUUUCAACCACAGAUGCUACCGACAACUCGACUAAAGUACACAAAACUGUUAAACCAAACAUCCCAACCCACGACUCAAACAACACGUUACUGAACGAAGACGCCAAUGCAGAUAUAACCGGCAAAAAUAGACAGAACAUCUUCAAUGAUGAUAAAGAGAUCUUUAAAAACCAAACAUGUUACAAAAACAAAUCUGUCGCAAAUGAGAGUAAAGGCGACAUAAAUGACCAAAACAAUUGUGUAAAUUUUGAUAAACUAACUGAAGAUGGCGAUUGUUUAGAAAGCAUUGAUCGUGAUAAAAUAGAAUUAUUAACUUUAACCGAGAAUGGCCAAAAUGACGAAAAAGAUGAUGACACUGAUAUUAAAGAUAACAACACACCUACAGAUAAGAACGCCACUGUGAAAUUAAACAACCUAUCUCAACAGUUCAAUCACCCGCAUAAACCUUCUAAUCUGUAUCCUGCCAAUACGAAUGACGACGGUGCUGCUAGCAGUGAGAGGGGUGAUUCUGAGUCUUCAGAGAUCAAUUUUAGAGAGGAUGAUGACAUCACUGAUGACGUCAUCGAGUACGACAAUCAUAAAAAGAACAAAAACGGAAACAAAACCAACAAAAACAACAUCAUUGAAAGUGAAAGUGCCGACGACAUUAGCUUCAGCAGCCUAAUUGACGAGAGUGGUGACGUCAGAGAUGACGUCGACAUAUACGGAGUCGACGGCCAGAUCAUGAUGAUGGCCACACUGAAAAACCAACACAUUCACACAUAG